AAAAACAAAUAAAACACUACUAUCAUCUAUCACGUUUGUGAGGUUAGAAUUAAAGUUUUCCCGCCAAGUCAAUGUGAAUUUUUUAUUUUUCUAAAAACCAGUAAAUAGUUGUUUGUAGUGUUUUUCUAAUAGUGAUAAUGGAAGACGAUACCUCCGAAAGAAGGCCCAAGAGGCAAAAGCGGGACUCCUCUUACAAAGCUAAAGCUUUCGAGAAAUUUAAGCAAUUGAAAAGUGGCCUCCGAAAUAAAUACGAAGUCGAAGAACUCGAAAAUGUUUACGACACUGUUGAUGAGAAAGAAUACACCAAAAAAGUGUUAGAUCGUCAGGAUGACGACUGGAUCGUUGAUGAUGACGGCAGUGGCUAUGUAGAAGACGGUCGGGAUAUAUUUGAUGAUGAUUUGGAUCAUGCUUCAAUAGCUGCAGCUUCUUCCAAGAAAAAUAAGGGGGUUAAACGUAAGAAAAAUGUGGCGGAAAAUGCAGGUCGCGGGAACUUACAAUACCUCAUUUCGAAUAUGCCAUCAAAAAAGAAAGAGGAAAAAAAGUUGGAUCAGGAUGAUGAUUUGGCGGAACUUUUACAAGAAAUUAAUGAAACUCCACGUGAAUCCAAGGCCGCAACAUCGAAUUUUUCCCCACUGUCGGUAAAACAAGCUGAAAAAGAUUACAUGAGGAAAUUAACUUCCAUCAAAAAACCAGUAAUAACUCUCAGCAGAACACCGAAAGCGAAACAACCACUUAAGAUAUCAACGGAGGAAAAUCACGCAAAGCCGACUGAAGAAACGAUUUUAACGGAAAAUAAACUGGAGCCAGAAAUAACUCAAGCGAGUUGUGAAGAAAUUGCAGAAACUCAAGCGAGUUGUGAAGAAGUUGCUGAAACUCAAUCUGAUGGCUGUUUUGAUGACGAUUUGGAUCUGUCCCAACUAGAAGAGUCUGAAGCAGAGCAAUCCAAACCCCAAAUUGAAGAAAAGCAAGAUUUGUGGGAAAAUAUUGAAAGCGAAAUGUUGAAAGAAUGGUCCGUAUCCCAAGACACCGAAACCACAAUCGACUUGCAAAACUCCGACAUUCCUCUCGUGAAAAUCGACGACAAAAGCGUUUUCAGAUUUUUUUGGUGGGACGCUUACGAAGACCCAUUUAUCAAACCGGGUGUUGUGGUUUUAUUCGGCAAAACCUACCACACUCAAACGAAAACCCACGUGAGCUGUACCGUAAUUAUCCGUAACAUCGACCGGCGGAUUUUUUUCUUACCCAGAGUGGAAGAGGAAAAGUCCAAAAAGCCGGUCACGUCUCAGGACGUCUACGCCGAAAUCAACGAACUGAUGAAAACCAAAGGAAUCAAAAAUUUCAAAGCUCGACCCGUCACGAAAAAGUACGCUUUCGAUCUUGAAGUUCCGUCAGAAUCGGACUAUGUCGAAGUUAGAUAUGCGGCCACAGAUCCCCCAAUUGAUAAAACCACCAAAGGGCGGACGUUUUCGCGUGUUUUUGGGAGCGAGAGUUCAUAUCUCGAGAUUUUUUUACUCGAUCGUAAAAUUAAAGGGCCCUGUUGGUUAAAUAUCGCGAAUCCGAUACCGGAAUCGAAUCCCUCGACUUGGUGCAAAUUGCAAGUAAAUUGUGACAAAUUAACCGAUGUUACAAUAUGUGAGGAGGCGAUUGAACCGCCACCGUUGGUCGUCACUGCUCUUAACAUGAGAAGAGCUUUCAAUCCCAAGACGGGAUUAAACGAAAUCGUGAUGUUGAGUCUUGUCACUAAUGUUAGUUAUUCCGUUGAUAAACAAGCACCUACUGAAGCGUUCCAAAAGCACUGCUGUGUUUUUUACUGUCCGGACACCCAAGUCCUUUCAUCUGACCUCUUCACUGUGAUGCAAGACUGCAAGAUAACAACUUUGCAAAAAAUGCACUCGGAAAAGGCCCUUUUGAACUACUUCAUCACACAAUUUUCGAAACUAGACAGCGAUAUAGUGGUCGGUCACGACCUACAAGGCCACCAAAUAAGCGUCCUUGCCGAACGAAUGUUCCGUCAUAAAAUCCCAAACUUCAGUAAAUUGGGCCGCAUAAAAAAAUCCACGUUUUCACGGCACAAAAUCGAAAAAGAACUAUUCGUCGGCCGACUCGUUUGCGAUGUCAAAACCGCAGCGAAGGAAUUGAUCAGAUGUCGAUCGUACGAUUUGGGGAGCUUGUGCCAGGCCGUUUUGAAAAUCAAGGACGAACAACGAACCGAUUUGGAGCCCGACGAUGUGCUCAAAAUGUUCAGAAGCAAAGAGGAACUCCUCAAACUUGUGUCCUUGACCAUGCAGGACACAGCGUUCGUCCUCAAAAUCAUGUACAGUCUGAACAUCAUCCCCUUAGCGCUGCAGAUUACGACCAUUGCGGGCAACGUCAUGUCGAAGACUUUGAUGGGGGGGCGGUCAGAACGCAACGAAUUUCUCCUCCUCCACGCCUUCUCCGAAAAAAAUUACAUUGUCCCAGAUAAAUCGUCGGGGAAGAAAGACUUCGGCGAGAAAACGGCCAACAAAAAGGCGACCUAUUCGGGCGGCUUGGUCCUCGACCCGAAAAUCGGCUUCUACGACAAAUUCAUCCUGCUAAUGGACUUCAAUUCGCUGUACCCCAGCAUCAUCCAAGAGUACAACAUUUGCUUCACCACAAUGCCGCCGAACCUAGCCGAGGACAACAUGGUACUACCCGAUGCAACUCUCCCGGCUGGAGUCCUCCCAACUGAGAUAAAAAAGUUGGUGGAAAGUCGGCGCGCAGUCAAAAAGCUGAUGAAAAGCGCGGACUUGAGCCCCGACCAGAGAAUGCAAUACGACAUAAGACAAAUGGCCCUAAAGCUCACCGCCAACAGCAUGUACGGGUGUCUAGGUUUUGCCAAUUCGCGAUUUUACGCCAAAAAUCUGGCCGCGUUAAUCACCCACAAAGGCCGCGAGAUUUUAACAAACACAAAGGAAGUGGUCGAAAGACUGAACUUUGAGGUGAUUUACGGCGACACCGACAGUCUUAUGAUAAACACAAACUUAGUGGACUUCGACCAAGUCGCGCAAAUCGGCACCAAAAUCAAGCAAGAGAUCAAUAAGCUGUACCGGCAAGUCGAGCUCGACAUUGACGGUGUCUUCAAAUACUUACUGUUACUCAAGAAGAAGAAAUACGCUGCUGUGACUCUAAGUAAGGACAAGGAGGGCCGCUUGAAAACCGAUAUUGAGUACAAAGGCUUGGACAUAGUGAGACGUGAUUGGUCGAGACUUGCGGCCGAAGCGGGGAAAUUUGUCCUCAACCAAAUUCUAAGUGACCAAAGCAGCGAAAAUCGCUUCCUGAAUAUUUUGACUCAUUUGAGCCAACUUCGGGAGGAUCUACAAGAGGGUAAAGUGCCACUUUCCCUCCUUGUGAUCACCAAACAAUUGUCGAAAAACCCCGACCAGUACCCGGAGGACAACACGUUACCACACGUCCAAGUGGCUAUCAGAUACAACAAGCAAGGGGGGCACUAUCGGGCUGGGGACACCGUCCCUUAUCUGAUCUGUGACGAUGGGACGAAAAAUCCGGCCACGCAACGCGCUUACCACAUUGAGGAAUUGAAAAAUUCAGAAACGCUCAAAAUCGACGUUACUUACUACCUCGCUAAUCAGAUUCAUCCGGUGGUGAGCCGCAUUUGCGAACCCAUUGAAGCGUUGGACCUUGUGCAAAUAUCCGAUUGUCUCGGGGUCGAUAGCAGCAAUUUGAGAAAAGUAAAGGUGGACGAUGACAACGGAGAGAACGUAAUAGAUCCGGAAAUAAAGUUCCGGAACGUCGACAAGUUUGUAUUUAAAUGUUUGGUUUGUGAGAGCGAAAACACCGUUGAUGGUCCAUUUUCUAACAAUAUUCCGGUUUUACAAAAGUGUCAGAAUGCGCGCUGUAAGGCCAGGCCGGCCGAUUACGUCCCCUUUAUCCAAAAUCAAAUGACCGAAACGAUAAAUUCCUACAUCGAGAAGUUUUAUUUGAACGAAAUGUACUGUGAGGAUCCGAUGUGUUGCAAGGAAACUGUGAGGAUUCCGUUGAGCUCGUCAGGACGGGUUCCCUUUUGUCAAGUUUGUAACUCAGUCUUGAUCAAGAAAUAUUCGGGUUUGAGUCUGUUCACGCAGAUUACGUAUUUCCAAUACAUUUUCGAUUUGACUAAAUUGAGUAAAAUGCCAUCGCUGGAGCUUCAAGUCGAGAAAGCUUACCAUGAAAUAAAGGAAACUGUAGAAAGGCGUUACGAGUUUUGUGGCUUUUCGACCGUUAAGAUGGAAAAUAUGUUUGCUUGGUGCGAACACAGGAAAAAGGAACAGGAGGAUGAGGAAAUUCCAGAUUUUGCGAUGGAAGAAAGUCUGCUUAAUUUGAUGUUGGAAGAUGAGUGAUUUUUAUUAUUGUACAUUGGAAUUAUAAAUGUUGCGUUAUUUAUGUACUCGUAGUUAAGUAAAUUACAAAUCUGGCGUAAAAA